GUUGUGCGAUCCAUCCAUAUGAAUUAAACACCACCACCAGUUUUUCUGAUUUGAGUCGUGCGCACGUAAUUCCCGGUUUCUUUUAUUUUCAGUUUUGCCGCAAACCUCCCUUAUAUUCCUCCUCCUUCAUAUAAUUCAUCCAACCCUUAAUUUUACUCUUCCUUCAAUUUUUGCUUCCAUCGAGAUAAUAUGCAGGGUGGUAGUAGCAUUUGAAGCUUAUAAGCUGAUUGAUCAUCACAAAAUUCGACCGUACUACUUGCAUAUAUGGCAACAAAACCAAAAAAUAGUACUACUCCUGGGAGGGAGAGGAGAAGUAGCACAUCACCAGCUAGCCUCACCAAAAGACCCACAAAACCAACUACUCCCGAUAAAUCUUCUUUAACCUCAAACUCAUCAUCAACAGCAAAACCAGUGCCAAACUAUUUGAGAUCAACCGCAAGCUCAUCACGCCAGACUCCUUCUUUGACCAAGUCCAGGUCAUUAAAGAAACAUCAUGUCUCUGAUAAUCAAGACUCCAACUCCCCAAAGCCUACACUAAAUAGAGGAAGAUCCUUUGACAAGCCACCAUCACCUUCAGGACCACGGAAAAUCAUCUCCCCAGGAAGAGAGUCAAGAGACCCAGCACUUCGGUCUAAAUCUUUUUCAGUUAAAAGCAUCUCAAAUGCUCCAAAACCCACCAGUAAAUCUGUAUCUGGAACCAAACCACAGGCUUCGUUUGCAAAGAGUAGUGGCAUUAGUUUGAGGAGAAGCACUAGUGGUAUCACUUCUGGUUCAAGUAAUAAGGAAAGUAGAAGUAGUAGAAGUACUACUGGUAGUUCAAGAGCUCCGAGGAGUCAUGACAUAACACAAAUUCUUAAUCUUGAAGCUAAUUUGGAAGCUUUAGAUCAUCAUGAAGUUGGAGAGGUGGAUAAGAUUGAGAGUAUUGAGGAGGACAACAGUCAAGACCUUCCGGACCCUAAAUUAGCUGAAGAAGAUCUUGAUGAUCAGCAGCAACAGCAUGCUUCAGAUACUGAUCAAGCUAAUGGUCAUGACACUACUUCUGUUAAAGAUGCAGCAGAGGAAUCAAAAGCAAAUGUGGAUGUCAAUAAUGAAGAAGUUACUCAAGCAGAGAAAAAUAUUGAUGGUCACCAUGAUCAAGUUGAAGAGGUUAAUCACAUUAGCAAAGAUCAUGAAAGCAAUGACAUUGAUCACCACCCAGAAGAGGGUUCGGGUCUGACAAGCGAGGAAACAAUAGCUGAGGAGGUGAUCAAAGAAAAGAAAGAAGAUGAAAACAAGAAUGAGGUGGAUAUGGAAGUCGUUGAUGGAGGAAGCAAUGAGCUUGAUCCAAAGGAAGGGCAAGAUGGAGAUAUCAAAGAAGAAGCAAAGCCUGAGGAACCAGAGGUAACAGAAACGCCGCAAGCGGCUGCUGCUACUACAAGGAAUAACAAGAAGGAGGCGGCUCCUGCAUACAAUGAUGUGAUUGAGGAGACUGCGAGUAAGCUGAUGGCCCAAGAGAAGAGGAGGAACAAGGUCAAAGCUUUGGUUGGGGCUUUUGAGACUGUCAUAGAUCAUGAAUCAGGAUCCAAAUUAAAUUAACCAUAAUUGAUGUUCUUGUUAUAAACUGAAUCAGUCUGUGUAAAACUAACACACAUUCAUUUGACAUAUGCAGAAAGUCUUUCUGAUAUUAGAAUGGGAGGAAGGUGUCACUAAAUUUUUAGUUUCCCUUAUUUUGUCGAAAUGUACUUGUAUAAUGAUGUAACAUAAUAUAAUCUGUACAUUAAUUGGUUUUGCA